CCCCCAAUCCAACUAAUCAUCCCCUCUGAUGGCCUCGCUGCUGCGCCUCCCCUCGCUACUCGCGCCGGCGGCGGCCAGACCGGCGGCCCUGCUCCGCCACCGGGGCCGCUGCCUCCACACGUCUCCGGCGAGGCUAUGCCCUGCCGCUACGGCCGCGGGUGCUUCCUCGGCAGCGCCCGUUAAGAUGGAGACACGCGGCGGCGACAGGGAGGGGCAGGUGACGCCGCGGUCGACGGACUUCAACGCCUGGUACACGGACGUGAUCGACGCCGCCGAGCUCGCGGACUACGGGCCAGUGCGGGGCACCAUGGUCAUCCGCCCCUACGGCUACGCCAUCUGGGAGGCCAUACAGGAUUAUUUGAAUGUAAAGUUCAAGGAGACGGGGCACAGCAACAUGUACUUCCCUCAGUUCAUACCGUACUCGUUUAUAGAGAAGGAGGCCAGUCAUGUCCAAGGGUUUAGCCCGGAGCUUGCAGUAGUUACCAUUGGAGGAGGAAAGGAGCUGGAGGAAAAACUUGUGGUAAGACCAACAAGUGAAACCAUCGUAAAUCACAUGUUCACUAAAUGGAUCCAGAGCUAUCGUGAUCUCCCUCUCAUGAUUAAUCAGUGGGCCAAUGUGACAAGAUGGGAAAUGAGGACUAAGCCAUUCAUCAGAACUCUUGAAUUUUUAUGGCAAGAAGGUCAUACAGCUCAUGCAACCCUUGAAGAGGCAGAGAAGGAGGCGAUGCAGAUGAUUGAUGUAUAUACCAAAUUUGCUUAUGAGCAAGCUGCAAUACCAGUUAUUCCAGGCAGGAAAUCAAGAGUGGAGACAUUUGCUGGUGCUGAUCGGACCUACACUAUAGAAGCUAUGAUGGGUGACAAGAAGGCCUUACAAGCUGGAACUAGUCACAACCUUGGCCAGAACUUCUCCCGUGCCUUCGAAACACAGUUUAUGGAUGAAAAUGGUCAACUUGAGCACGUAUGGCAGACUUCUUGGGCUAUUAGCACUCGGUUCGUUGGUGGGAUCAUCAUGACCCAUGGUGAUGAUGCUGGUUUAAUGCUUCCACCAAGGAUUGCUCCCAUUCAGGUGGUAAUAGUGCCUAUUUGGAAAAAGGGUGACGAAAAGGGUGUUGUUAUGGAAGCUGUAGCUUCAGUUCAGAACACGCUCAAAGAAGCAGGCAUUAGAGUCAAAAUGGAUGACUCGGAGCUGAGAACACCUGGGUGGAAGUUUAACUUCUACGAAAUGAAAGGAGUUCCCAUAAGGAUUGAACUUGGUCCCCGCGAUGUAAAAAACAGGAGUGUUGUGCUUUGUAGGCGAGAUGUCCCUGGAAAGCAAGGAAAGGAGUUUGGAAUAUCUAUGGAACCAUCAAUAUUGGUGGAUCAUAUAAAAGGCCGUCUAGAGGAAAUUCAGGCAUCUCUUCUACAGAAGGCCAUCACAUUUCGUGAUAGUAAUAUAGUUGAUGUCAACUCAUAUGGAGAACUGAAGGAGGUCAUUUCCGAGGGUAAAUGGGCAAGAGGUCCAUGGUCAGCUAGCGAUGCGGAUGAGCUGAAGGUGAAAGAAGAGACCAGUGCCACCAUCAGGUGCUUUCCCUUUGAUCAGCCGGAGGGUGCGAAAAAAUGUUUCAUGACCGGCAAUCCAGCCGAUGAAGUUGCUAUUUUUGCAAAGUCAUAUUAGGCCAUCUUUGUGCAACCAGAGAUCAGAAUAUUUUUAUUACAGAUUCUUUUCUCUUUUCCACAGUUUCUCUGUGGUCUUUACUGACCAUGAACGAAGAAUUUAAAGUUUUUUUUCCCGUGUAAAUCCACAAUCCGCAAGAUUGACACGAUGCAAGAUUUUAAUUCUGUCAUGACAGCACGGUGCCAGUGUAUAACAAAGUCCUUUUGUCAA